UCCGCCCGAGGGAGGAUGAAGAUGCUUUGCUGGAGGAUGGCACUGUGGCUGGCCGGGUGGACUGUCUGCGGGAAGCCUUCGUCCUGCUCUGGCCUUGAUUAUGACUACACUUACGAUUUCACUGAAGAGGAUAAAGCCGAGGCGAUAGAUUAUAAGGAUCCUUGCAAAGCCGCUGUCUUUUGGGGAGAUAUUGCCUUAGAUGAUGAAGACUUAAAAAUCUUUCAAAUUGACAGGACGAUUGACCUUACGCAGCACUCCAACGAAAGACUUGGCCAUACUACAGGUGGCUUUGGAGAGCAUGGAAUGUCAAAAAAACGAGGUGCCCUCUAUCAGCUUAUAGAGAGGAUAAGAAGAUUUGGCGCUGGGUUUGAACAAAAUAAUACUUCUAAAGGAAGAACUACUGUAAAAUUCUCAGGGAAAAAUGAGAAAAACCGAUUUCCCAGAGCUGCUACAUCACGAACAGAAAGAAUAUGGCCAGGUGGUGUCAUUCCAUACGUAAUAGGAGGAAAUUUCACUGGCACGCAGCGAGCCAUGUUCAAGCAGGCCAUGCGGCACUGGGAGAAGCACACCUGCGUCACCUUCAUCGAGCGCAGCGACGAGGAAAGCUACAUCGUCUUCACCUACAGACCCUGUGGGUGCUGUUCUUAUGUGGGUCGAAGAGGAAAUGGUCCUCAGGCUAUAUCUAUUGGCAAGAACUGUGAUAAAUUUGGCAUAGUUGUCCAUGAGUUGGGUCACGUGAUAGGUUUUUGGCAUGAACAUACACGACCAGACCGUGAUGACCAUGUCACCAUCAUUAGAGAAAACAUCCAACCUGGUCAGGAAUAUAACUUUUUGAAGAUGGAGCCUGGAGAGGUGAACUCCCUUGGGGAACCAUAUGACUUUGACAGCAUUAUGCACUAUGCCAGGAACACCUUCUCAAGGGGCAUGUUUCUGGAUACCAUUCUCCCUUCCAGUGAUGACAAUGGUAUACGACCUGCCAUUGGCCAGCGUACCCGUCUAAGUAAAGGAGAUAUUGCACAGGCAAGAAAGCUGUAUAGAUGUCCAGCCUGUGGAGAAACACUGCAAGACUCUACAGGCAACUUUUCUUCUCCUGGAUUUCCAAAUGGUUAUCCUUCCUACACGCACUGCAUAUGGAGAAUCUCUGUGACCCCAGGAGAGAAGAUCGUUUUAAACUUUACCACCAUGGACCUUUACAAGAGCAGUCUCUGUUGGUACGACUAUAUUGAAGUAAGAGAUGGCUACUGGAGAAAAUCCUCUCUGCUUGGCAGGUUUUGUGGUGACAAACUGCCAGAAGUCCUCACGUCCACUGACAGCAGGAUGUGGAUUGAGUUCCGCAGCAGCAGCAACUGGGUUGGGAAAGGUUUUGCAGCAGUUUAUGAAGCUAUUUGUGGAGGUGAAAUCCACAAAAAUGAAGGCCAGAUCCAGUCUCCCAAUUAUCCUGAUGACUACAGACCAAUGAAGGAAUGUGUGUGGAAAAUAACAGUGUCAGAAAACUACAAUGUAGGAUUAACCUUUCAAGCAUUUGAGAUUGAAAGACAUGACAACUGUGCAUAUGACUAUUUGGAAAUCCGAGAUGGAACAAAUGAGAACAGUCCUUUAAUUGGUCACUUUUGUGGCUAUGACAAGCCAGAAGACAUUAGAUCUACCUCUAAUACCCUGUGGAUGAAAUUUGUUUCUGAUGGAACUGUUAACAAAGCAGGGUUUGCAGCUAACUUUUUUAAAGAGGAAGAUGAAUGUGCCAAACCUGACAAUGGUGGCUGUGAGCAGCGCUGUGUGAAUACCCUGGGCAGUUACCAGUGCGCCUGCGAUCCUGGCUACGAACUUGGUCCUGACAAGAAGAGUUGUGAAGCUGCUUGUGGAGGACUCCUGACAAAACUAAAUGGGACUAUAACCACACCAGGGUGGCCAAAAGAGUAUCCUCCAAACAAAAACUGUGUGUGGCAGGUGGUUGCCCCGACGCAAUACCGAAUUUCAAUGAAGUUUGAGUUUUUUGAGUUAGAAGGGAAUGAAGUUUGCAAGUAUGAUUAUGUGGAGAUCCGCAGUGGCCUUUCUUCUGAUUCCAAGCUCCAUGGUAAAUUCUGCGGUACAGAAGUGCCUGAAGUUAUCACCUCUCAGUACAACAACAUGCGAAUUGAGUUUCGAUCUGACAACACUGUCUCAAAAAAAGGCUUCAAGGCACACUUCUUCUCAGACAAGGAUGAGUGUUCAAAGGACAACGGUGGCUGCCAGCAUGAGUGCAUCAACACAGUAGGAAGCUACGUCUGCCAGUGCCGGAACGGAUUUGUGCUACACGAAAAUAAACAUGACUGCAAGGAGGCUGAAUGUGAACAGAAGAUCCACAGUCCCAACGGCCUCAUCACGAGUCCCAACUGGCCUGACAAGUAUCCCAGCAGGAAGGAGUGCACGUGGGAAAUCAGUGCUACCCCUGGGCAGAGGGUCAAACUGACAUUCAAUGAAUUUGAAAUAGAACAACAUCAAGAAUGUGCUUAUGACCACUUGGAAGUGUUUGAUGGGGAAAGUGAAAAAUCACCAAUCCUGGGACGGUUAUGUGGCAAUAAAAUACCAGAUCCUCUCAUUGCUACUGGAAACAAAAUGUUUCUCCGCUUUAUUUCUGAUGCAUCAGUUCAAAGAAAAGGCUUCCAGGCAACUCACUCUACAGAGUGUGGUGGUCGGUUGAAAGCUGAGCUGAAGGCCAAGGACCUGUACUCACACGCUCAGUUUGGUGAUAACAACUACCCGGUUCAGGCAGACUGCGACUGGCUGCUGGUGGCCGAGCGCGGCUCCCGCGUCGAGUUAACGUUCCAGACUUUUGAGGUUGAGGAAGAGGCGGACUGUGGCUAUGAUUACGUGGAGCUUUUUGAUGGUCAUGAUAAGACUAUGAGACUUGGUAGAUUUUGUGGGUCUGGGCCACCAGAAGAAAUUUUUUCAGCAGGGGAGUCUCUUUUACUUCACUUUCACACUGAUGAUACAAUCAACAAGAAAGGAUUCCAUAUACGAUACAGAAGUAUAAAAUAUCCAGAUAGCAUGCACACCAAAAAAUAA